CGUGGCCAGAUGGAGCUCUGUUUUGAAGCAGCUAACUGCUGCUGAGAGCAGGACACACUGUCGACUGGUGUGUAUCAACCAGAGGAGAACAAGACAUCACACCCAGUUGGGGCUGCGAUGGGUCAACGAACUGCUGCUGCUGUGUGUUUGUGAUGUAGUCGUGUUUUGGUGUGGAGGCGCUCUCUGCAGCUUCAAGGUCGACAACCCUUUAGGAAACUUCAUGGAUUUCUUGUUGUAGCACGUAAAGGAGUCGGUAAACUUGUAUUAUGGAAGGCCGGACCAGCAAGAAGACGAUUGAGAAAGCGGUUGUCCCAGCCUGAUUCUGUGACAGAAGCAGAGGGAAUGGGCCCAGCCUCGCUGCAGGAGGAGAGGGACCUGGCCAAAGAGUCUGCAGAGAUGGAGUGCUACCGCUGCCUUCUGCAGGCCGGCUCCCAGCUGGAGAGCACCCUGCAGCAGGUGACUGUCCCUUUGAGUAUGAAGGAAGUGGGAGGAUAUAUAGAGAAACAAGUUGCAUAUCUGUCAGGAGGGCGCGGGGAAGACUCAAGCGUCAUCAUCACCCUCCCAGAAUGCUCAGCGUUCAGUGACAUUCCAGAGGAAGCUUUAGCCAAAGUCUUUACCUACCUCACCCUCAUCCCUCGAACAAGACAACCAGGAGUGAAAUUUAUCAUCAUUUUAGACCGAAGACUGGAUACAUGGGCCUCUAUCAAAACCGCUUUAGCCAGGAUAGCAGCCUCCUUUCCUGGGAACCUCCACCUGGUCUUGGUGCUCCGACCCACCAGCUUCUUCCACCGUACUGUAACAGAUAUUGGUUUCCGCUUCAGCCAGGAUGACUUCAUGCUCAAGAUGCCAGUGGUGAUGCUGAGUUCUGUCACAGACCUGCUGCGCUACAUUGAUGAAAACCAGCUGACAUCAGAGUUUGGAGGCACUUUGGACUACUGUCACAGUGACUGGAUUGUUUUACGGACGGCUAUUGAAAGUUUUGCCGUGACGGUGAAAGACAUCGCUCAGAUGCUGCAGGGCUUUGGCACCGAGCUGGCAGAGGCAGAGCUGCCGGACGAGGGGAAAGCCAUCGAGCAACUUCUAGAGACACACACUGAAAAGUACAAAAAGCUCAAGGAUGCAAUAAGGUCUGUUUCAAAGGAGGGUCGCCAUCUUCUGUCCAACUUGGAAACAACUGGGAAGGAUGAUGAUUCCCAGUGGGAUGUGAAGCUGGACUGGGAGACAGUACAGAGUUCCUCUUUUAGGCUUCUUGCACAGCUCAGAGACAUGGAGUCGGCUUUUGACGGCUUCUUUGAGAAGCAUCAUCUGAAACUGCAUCAGUACCUUCAGCUGCUCAGAUAUGAGCAAAGCUUUCAGGAGAUGGAAUUGUGUCUUGAACACAUCAUGCAUCAGGAGAGAGAAUUGUCCAUAAAUGUGAACACUCUGGCUCAAACAGAGCAGCUUCUGAAAAGACUCAACGACCUGGAAGCUAAUGCACAGGAAGUGAUGUCUCGAGCCCAGAUCAUCAUCCUCCACGGACACCAGCUGUCGGCGGGUCACCAUUACGCCAUGGGGCUCAUCAUGCAGCGCUGCAAUGAGCUCCGCCACCACUGUGAUACACUCUCUGCUGCGCUGAAGUCCAAGCACUCUUUUCUGAUGCAAACACACCAACUGCUGCUUUGUCUUGGGCAGGCCCAGACUUGGUGUGAUGAUGGAGCGUAUUUGUUAGCAAACCAAUUAGUAGACAAAUCCCAGUCCAAGGAAGGCGCCCAGAUGUCUCUCAGGGAAAUUGAGAAGUUCCUGGAGGGGGCGCCGUCUAUGUUGAGCUCGGGUCAUGAUAUUCUGGCUAUUGAAUAUGAGGCUGUCAUCACGCCUCAGCUACAGACUCAGAUUGGGAAUGUUUUUGAAAAGCAUGCAGCAGUACAGCAGAUGAUCCAGAACCGACAAGCUUCUUUAAGGAAGCUGGCUGACAAACAUGUGCGACCAAUCCAGCUGGUGGCCCCCAGACCAGAGAACCAACCUCGCUCCAAGUCACCGCUCUUCUCCCCUAAACACGGUGAUGGCUUGAAGUUCACAUUUGACAUUUCACUUCCUGGCAAGAAAUCAUCCCGGAAAAGUCCAAAUCCCAGAAAAAUCGAGGUGAUUCAUGACUACCAGGAGAGUCGGAGCUGCGUCGCGUACAGUCUGGAUGGAGACGACAGCCCGGAUUUCUUAAAGCGACAUGUAAUGAGGGAACUUAUAGAGACUGAGAGAAUCUAUGUGGAGGAGCUGCUGUCAGUGCUGCUGGGUUACAGAGCUGAAAUGGAUAACCCAGCUCUGUCGGGGCUUCUUCCGCCAAUACUACGCAGUAAGAAGGACAUUCUCUUUGGAAACAUGCCUGAGAUCUACAACUUUCACAGCAGCGUUUUCUUACAAGACCUUGAAGGAUGUCUGGAGGCUCCUGAAACUGUUGGAGCUUGUUUUCUCCAGCGAAAAGAAAGCUUCCAGAUGUAUGAGAUGUACUGUCAGAAUAAGCCACGUUCUGAAGCGCUAUGGAGACAAUUCUCAGACUGUGCCUUUUUUCAGGAGUGUCAGAAGAAGCUGGAGCACAAACUGGGCCUGGAUUCCUACCUGCUCAAACCGGUCCAGCGCCUCACAAAAUACCAGCUGCUGCUCAAGGAGCUGCUGAAAUACAGUCCAGAUUGUGAAGGCACUUCUGAACUGCAGGGGGCGCUGACAGCCAUGCUGGAUCUGCUCAAAUCAGUCAACGACUCCAUGCAUCAGAUUGCCAUUACAGGAUACGAGGGGGAAAUCUGCGAGCUGGGCCGUGUGCUGAUGCAGGGCUCUUUCAGCGUGUGGAUCAGCCACAAGAGAGGCUCCACACGCAUGAAGGAGUUGGCUCGCUUCAAACCAAUGCAGAGACACUUCUUCUUGUAUGAGAGGGCUCUGCUUUUGUGUAAACGCAGAGAGGAUCAUGGAGACGGCAGCGAGAAGACGCCUUCCUACAGCUUCAAGCAUUGUCUCAAGAUGACUGCUGUGGGGAUCACAGAAAAUGUCAAAGGUGAUGUGAAGAAGUUUGAGAUCUGGUACAGCGGCAGGGAGGAAGUUUAUGUGGUUCAAGCUCCCACCGUGGAGGUAAAGAUGACCUGGCUCAAUGAACUUCGUCGAAUUUUGACCAACCAACAGAAGCUGCUUAGAGAUGAAGCAUAUCAACAUGGCCCAGUGGCUGAACACAUGCAGCUCUCUCCUUCGCUCACUGAGAGCAAACAGCAGAGGGCGUCGGUGAGCUCAGAGGACACAGAGUCAGGGAGGAGUAGCCCAGAACCCCAGUCUCACUCCCCUAAACACCAGCCGAACCGUCGGAGUUGGCCCGGAGCUCAUCACUCGGUAGACAUCUGCGAGGGUCUGGAGGAGUGGCCUGGAGAUCAGGACGCCUUCCUCCCAUCUGAGACGGAGGAGAAAAACAUGGUCAAACUGACUCCAGGCAAGUACAGAGCUAUGGCUGACUGUCCCCAAAACGGCCCAGGCAGCAUCAUCAUCAAACGUGGAGAUGUUAUCCAUCUACAAUGUGAAGACAACAGGGGGCGCUGGCUUGUGAAAAAUCUGAGUCGGCAGCAGGAGGGCUUCAUAGCAGCUGCCAGCCUGCAGCUCAUUAUAGGAAGCAGCAGCCACGAGCGCUCUCCCAGACUGGGAGACCCCAGGAACCUAAAGGUGAGAAAGCUGAGCUCCCCGUAGAGAACAAAGAACAGAGGAUGAAUCUCAUGCUGGAUGAUGAGCAGAGGUGGAGCAGACUGAGUCAUUGUUGUC